GCUCUGGGGUCUCAGCUCGAGCGUUUGGCGACGCGCUCCGCUCUCGGAGGAGGGAGGCCAGCCAGCCCUCUCUCGUUGGGGGGAGGGCGGCAGGCGCCCUACCGGCUCCAGCAGCAGCUGCAGCAGCAGUUGCGGGAGCAGCACGCGGAGCGCCAGCUGCAGGAGGCGCAAUUGGCGCAGCUGGCGUCUGCCGGCACCAGCGGCAUGCUGGAGACGCUGCACACGCUCUUCGGCACUGGUGAGGUGGCGCAGGCGCUUGCUGGCGUUGGUGGGGAAGCUUGGGAAGGGGCAGCGUUGUAUCAAUUUCAAUCGAUGUGCGCCUCCAGCCCCACUCCCCUAGUCCUCGCCUCCUGUUUCCUGCUACGUCCAGUGUCUCCUCCCACCCCUCGUCUUGUCACACGCCCACGCGCACUGGCUACCAGUCGACGGUCCCGCGUCUCCCUCGAAGCAGUUCUCCACCACGGCCCUUGGUGUGAUCUCCUGGUUGUUUAUCUCGUCCUGUCUUCGCUGGCGGCCCACCCGUCGUCUUACCCCACGCCCACCGGUACCACGUAUCCCUCGAAGCAUUCCUCCUCCACAGUAUCUGACAGCAGCUCUACGGAUGUGUACGUGGUGUGUUGAGGAGUCUUGCGCACGCAUUACUGUUGCCAUGCUCGCUGUCAUGCUUCUUUGUCAGUGCGGCUGCUAGUCGUGAAAUACUCGGCAUGCGCAUGUUGGUCCUAAUACAAUUCUAGAUCGCGCAGCGGAGUAUUUGAUUUUUGUUGGGGACAGAGAUUGGGUUGGUCAGGAGACGUCAAGCUGGAACCAGCUGGUCCAGAUGAGGAAAAUUCUGUCGUUCAGACAGGCAGCUUGCAAGCCGAAAGUCACGUCGUCAGUUGCGAAGUUAUGUUGUUGCGAGGGGAUGCGUCGGGGGCUCCAUUCAUCGGACCGAGUCGGCUGUCACAGGGCGAAGAAGCCACGAGCAGCCGACUUCCCCGUUACGUGGCCGCACGGUCCACAGGUCAUGUAUGAAAUAUACAUGGGUCAUUAGAUUAGAAAGAGCGUGUUCUACCG